GUAAAAACGAAUGGAAAAACGGCAUUCAAAACAUAACACGUGCGCGCGCAAUGCCAUAAAUGAUUACCCUAUGAAGCCACCUUAAGUGGCUGGCCAUCUUGAAUAUUUUAGUAGAACGAAAUCUGAGGAGAGGGCGAGAAGUUUUUUCCUUCCCUCAGAUUUCGUUCCCACAAGUAUUCAAGAUGGCCAGCUACAAACAGUCUAGUUUUCGGUUUUGGUCAUUUUUAAGAUCAGUUUUUCAGUUUUGCACUUACGAUAUCCGGUUUUUCGGUUGUGGUAUCUGUUGCAGUUUUCCUUUCUUAGCAUUUCGAAGAUAAGAAAAGUUGAUAACUCACUUGCCUACUUCCAAGGGCUUCUGUAUUCGCUUGAAGAUUAGAAUCAUCUUCUAAAAAGUGAAAGAGAAUGAGAUUUUUGCCUGGAAACAGCCAUCUAACUGCCNUGCUUCUCUGGAAAAUCUAGGGUUAAAACAGGUUAAAGGGAAGGCAAUAAUUUCAACUGAAGAUGGUCUCGAUCCCUCAAAAAUAGAAACGCACACAUCUUUUGUUUCUGUAUUCAAGUUUAUGAGUUUGCAGUUUUAAUCAUCAUGUUCGGCAGUUUUUCGGAUUUGGACGAUUUUUCGGUUUUCAAGAUAUUUCGAGCGGUCUUCCGGUUUCUAGUAGGUCCCAUUACCCUCCUCCUAGUUUUUUUUUUUCCUGCCUCUCUGUGGAAAACAAAAGAAAACGCGCGCCUGAUUCCCACACCACUCUUGGACUCAAGUAAGAAUCAGAAUGACUUCGCGAAGUGACCAGUUCUGUAACAACAUAAAAUUGUAUCAUAAGAAAAGCGAACAAGAUCAGUUUUAUGAUUUUGUAAUCAAAGACACGGAUGGCGCAGAAAUCAGAUCUCACAAGUUCAUUCUUGCCUCCCAAAGUGAGUACUUCGCCGCAUUGUUUCGCACAAAUCCAAAUGCCAGCGAAACGACUUUCAAAGAUUUCUCCAUCGAUGUCAUCAAGGAGUGCGUCGAAUAUUUUUACGGUCUUGAGCUGAACUUGACUAGUGAAAAUUUUCAAGAUGUGCUGAUGUUUGCUGACUACAUCACUCUUAGAGAAGUGAUCGCUAUUUGUAUUGACUAUAUUCUCGAGAAUAUCGACGAGUCUAAUUAUGCUUCUGUAAUCGACCUUGGUAACAGGAGGGAGAUGUUCAGUUUAGUCGAGGCAGGAGUUUUGUUCGCCCUGAGAAACCUCACACGAAGUAUCGAUAGUUUUGACGAGCUCACCAAAGCGAUGAUUAUAAAAGUUGCUGAUCAACAACAGCAGAUACCGAUCAAGAUGACAACGGAGCAAUGGAACAUCAAUCGACUGAAGAAAUUUCUGGCGGCACCGAAAGAAGAAAUUGUCUUUCAAGCUCGUGGUUCUUCAGUUUACGAAGGCGAUUUAAAUAAUUUUGCACCCAAAUUAGCCAUUAACGGCCAAAUUUCGAACAGACAUGUAAUUUAUUUCCACUCGAAAGGUGAGAUGAAUCCAUGGCUAGAGGUGAAGUUCCCUUCCCCUGUGCUAAUCUCGGCAGUGACCAUUAUCAACCGUAAGGAUGGCUGCUGGGAAAGGCUAGUAAAUGUGGAGAUCAGAGCUGGAAUGGCUCCUGUCCCUGACGGUUUCACAGCCCAGGAAAGAGGAGCCGAUGCUAACAAGAUGCUGGAUGUCAACUCCAGGUGCGGAUUCUUUGCCGGUCCACCCGAUAGGUUUACAGAGGAGGGACGUCAUCUUCUUUGACCGGCCAAUUCUGGCACAGUACAUCACUCUGCAGCUUCUGGGGGCUGGAUAUUUACAGAUUAAUGGCCUCAAAAGUAACGGAGGUGACUUACUAAAUUAUGAUAACCGUUUUUUAUUUAUUCAACUGUACCGGGAUCUCUGGACAGAAACUAAUUUUUAGAGAUCAGACAAUAUCGAUGGUAACUCAAAUUUCAAAAGAUAGAAAAGUUCUAAUUAGUUCUAAAUGAAGAUUAGAGAUUUUUAAAGAACACCGGAGCAUGUUUUAAGAACGUUUGAGCGAAAAUCUUAAAUACUUAGAUUUUCUUCCCAUCUGUACUUUUAUUGCGGUUAGAUUAAGAAUUGAACUAUCAAACAGAACUGCAUGGCGUCUGUAUUGCGUUACAAUGUGCGCUAUACUUUUCAAUGGCAGAAGAAGGUUCAUUUAAAAACAUUGUGAUUUUUUUGUUUUAUUUUUCAUCAACAAGAAUAUAAAAUGUUCUUAUCUGGUAGUUUUGUUGCAACACUGACGUGUAGGAGUUACACAGAGCAGACUACACAUAACCAAGAGUAAAUAUCAAUGGUUCAUUUUUACUGAGCUGGUCAUUUCAUAUAUCUUUGCAAUGAAAAUACACUUGUAUUAUGAUGGCUAUUUUAAGAUUGCAAAGAAGCAUGUUGUAGGUCGCAUAAAAAGGCAUCUGGCAAAGUUCAGUCGCCUUUGCAACCACUAGCGCCGGAGUCACGCACGAGAAGUGUUUCGUGACUUCGACGCGAGUUGUUGUAAAGGAGACUAGGCAAAGUGCGAAGAGUGCAUCCACCUGGGACACUGAGUUUCCUGUUUUUCCGGUAUCAGCUCGACCUUUCUCCAUUAGCACAUCAAGGGUAUCACGUGAUAAAAUCUGAGAUGAAGGAGGCGCGAAAGGCCGGAAACUGGAUACGACGGCGAUGCGCGGGCAACCUUGUUCCCAAGGUCUCUUCCUCCUCUCAUCUUCCCUCCUCGCUCCGGAGGGCGAGAAGAUGAAAGACUCUGGGAAAUAAGGUUAAUGCGCAGGCUUGACCGGUAGAUAACUUGAAAUGGCAAGCACCACAUUGCGGAGCUGUGGCCUUAUUCAAUAACGAAG